GAGCGCCGGAAUGGCGAACACCCUGAGAACUCUCGACCCAAAGUUGGCGGCUCUGGCCAAGAGCGAGUGCAACGAGGAGCAGGCGCAGCGAGCGGAGAUUAUCGCCACCAUUCAGACAUGGAUCACCAAGUCGCCGCACCUCAAGGCGCCCACGGAUGAGCAGCUAAUCCUGGCCUUUCUGCGGCGUUGCCGUUUCAGCCAGGAGGAGACCAAAAGGCGAUUCGACAACUACUACUCCCUGCGCAGCGUGUUCCCGGAGGUUCUGGGAUCCCGACAGGUGGACGAUGCUCUGCUCACCCAGCUGCAACGAGGAAUCCAUGUGAUACCCAUGCGACCUGUGAGUCCCGAGGGGCCAAGGGUUAUCAUCUCGCAGUUCCGAAACAUCGAUCCCAAGAAAUCGAAUCCCCGCGACGCCUUCAAACUGGUCUUCAUUAUGUUGGAACUACUGGCUAUGGAGUGCGAUAAUGCCUCGAUUUCCGGCUUGGUCUGGGUUGUGGAUGCCAGAGAUGUUACCAUGGAGCAAAUGAUGCACUACGAUCCCUUCCUGCUGAAGAAGGCUUUUGCGCUGGUGGACCAAUGUAUACCACUGCGAUUUGUCGAGAUUCAUAUGAUCAAUAUGCGUAAGGAGGGGCAAACCAUUUUCAAUUUUGUAACGAAGUUUUUGCCCUCCAAACUGCCCUUCAAGUUCGUGGUCCACAAAAAGUCGGAGGAUCUGUACCAGCACCUGCCCAGAGAUGCGAUGACCAUAGAGUAUGGGGGCACCAAUGGCUAUCAUGCAGAGGCAGUGGAUCAUUGGCGCCAGAAGCUACUGGACAGCAAGGAUUACCUGGCCAAGGAUGCCCAGUAUGGAACCAAUGAGAAACUGCGCGUCGGAUUGGCCAAUGCCUGGGCCAAUGGAGAACUGGACGUGAUGAGCGGUUCCUUCCGCAAACUGGAAGUGGAUUAAGUUAAAAGACUCUAUUCGCUGUUUUGAAUUACCAUUUAAUUAAGUGCUUAUGCUAUACAUAUAAUUUAAGGCCUAUUCGGGUCACUGGGUAUCUCGUGUAUCCUCUUAAAAAUAGCUUUACAAUUGCCUAAGGUGCUGAUACUUAAGUGCUAAGUGCUGCAUUUCCGUUUGAAGUUCACGUGCAGAGAAGUGGGUGCAGUUGCUCCGGCUGAGGGCGGCGACUGGGAAUCUGGAGCGGAGGUCGUGGCCUUAUUUUGUAUGGGAAUCGUGGUGCUCUUAUUGAUGCUCUGAACAAUGAGGUUUAGACAGUCCAAACUGGAGCCAUUGGCAUUGCCUUCAAAGUCUAUGCAAAAUAUAUUUAAUAUAAAUAUUUCAAAUACUUAAUUACUUUUUUACCUGUAAACUGACCAUAUUUCUCCAUGUGCUUGUUGUAAAAACUAAGUUUAUCCUCUAGAUAAGCGCCAGCAUAGGAGCUCUGCAAAGGAAAACAUAAAUAAAUAAAUGAAAAUGGAAAAAUC